UGGCUUUUAGCAUGGAUGAGUUUAUACUUCACACUCGCGCUUUCAAGAACUAGAGAAACAGAAAUCUCAUUGAACUCCCGCUUCUCUCCGAUGGAGGUUACACUACUUAGCUCCGUCUUCGGUCUCUCUCCCAUCUCGUCAGAAAGGGUCACGGCCACACGGCUACGUUCGCAUCGAGUGAGGGCCAUUGACUCCGUACCAAAGACUCACGUAGGUGUUCAACGGAUACUAAAGUAUGAAAGCGGAGCAGCGACGAUCGCAAAGGUGGUGGAGAAGAAUCCGUAUUUGAAAGCAGAAACGGCGAGUCCCGAUCUGCGUAAGAGCUUGUCGGACUUCUUGGAGGAAGCAAGAGAUUUCGUGGGAGAUGAUGAUGGUCCACCUCGUUGGUUCUCUCCGUUGGAGUGUGCAGCUCAUGCUAAAGGCUCUCCUCUACUUCUUUUCAUACCUGGUAUUGAUGGCACUGGACUUGGGCUCAUUCGACACCACAAGAAACUUGGGGAGAUUUUUGAUGUAUGGUGCCUACACAUUCCAGUCAGGGAUCGUACUCCUGCUAAAGAAUUGGUGAAACUUAUUGAGAGGACAGUUAGGUCAGAGAACUAUCGUUUCCCAAACAGACCUAUAUAUUUAGUUGGAGAAUCUUUCGGAGCGUGUCUUGCGUUAGAUGUCGCAGCUAGGAAUCCCGACAUCGAUCUUCUUCUGGUAUUGGCUAAUCCAGCCACACAUGUCAACUACUUCAUAUCGCAACCUCUAGUGGGAAUGCUGAAUGUUUUACCAGAUGGAGUUCCUACACUACUGGAAGAAAUAUUUGGUUUUAUGCAAGACGCUUUAACGAAUGAACUUGCUGUUCAUCAAAUGAGUGGAGUUGGUGGAGGGAUACUAAAAGAUCUCUUUGAAGUUUCUGCUCAUCUUCCUACUUUGAGUAGGAUCUUCCCAAAGGACACACUUCUUUGGAAGGUGGAGUUGCUUAAGUCUGCCGUUGCAUCUGCCAAUACUCACAUACACGCGGUCAGAGCUGAAACAAUGAUACUUCUCAGUGGACGUGAUCAAUGGCUUCUGAACGAGGAUGACAUUAAUAGGUACUCAAGCACAUUGCGAAAAUGUAUUGUCCGUAAGCUUAAAGACAAUGGGCACUUUCUCCUUUUUGAGGAAGGUGUAGAUCUGGUUUCUAUCAUCAAGUGUACUUGUUUUUAUCGCCGUGGGAAGUCUCAUGAUCACACUUCAGAUUACAUUAUGCCUACCAGAUGUGAGCUAAAGAAACAGCUAGACGACCACAAACUUCUAAUAGAUGCUACUUCCCCUGUAUAUCUGUCAACAUUAGCAAACGGCAAACUUGUGAGGGGACUUGAAGGUUUACCUUCAGAAGGACCUGUAUUGUACGUUGGCUAUCACAUGUUAUUAGGAGUUGAGCUAGGUCCAAUGAUAACUCAUGUCUUGAAAGAGAGAAAUAUUCACUUGCGGGGUAUGGCACAUCCAAUGCUUUUUAUAAACAGCGACGCUACGUUUGUGGACACACAGAUACUUGACAAAUACAGAAUGUUGGGUGGAGUUCCUGUCUCCAACUUCAGUAUCUACAAACUACUACAAUCAAAGUCUCAUGUGCUUUUGUACCCUGGAGGUAUCCGUGAAGCUUUGCAUAGAAAGGGUGAAGAAUACAAGUUGUUCUGGCCAGAGCAACAAGAGUUUGUGAGAGUUGCAUCUAAAUUUGGAGCUAAGAUUGUCCCUUUUGGUGUUGUUGGAGAAGACGACAUCUGCCAUCUUGUCCUUGAUGGCGAUGAUCAAAGGAACAUCCCUAUCCUAAAGCAAUUUAUGGAAGAAGCAACAAAGCAGGCUGGAAACUUAAGGGAAGGAGAUGAGACUGAACUGGGAAAGCAGGACUGCUAUCUCCCAGGACUUCUACCUAAGAUUCCUGGGCGGUUCUACUUCUACUUUGGGAAACCAAUAGAAACUGCAGGCAAGGAACAAGAGCUAAAAGACAAAGACAAUGCUCAAGAGUUCUACUUGCAAGUCAAGUCUGAGGUUGAACAAUGCAUUGACUAUUUAAAAAUGAAGAGAGAGAGUGAUCCCUACAGAGACUUGUUGCCAAGGAUGAUGUAUCAGGCUUCACAUGGGUUCGCGUCUGAAAUUCCGACGUUUGAUCUCUGAAAUGAUUCUUGCUUCGAUUAUUUACAGAAUUACAUUGUACUAUGGGUUAUAAGUAGACAUUACUAUAACAACCAGCAAAAUCCAGCAGUUGAAUAUUUCCUAAGUUAAUAAUUGGUUGGUUGAUAUACUAAGUGACGAUGUUGAUAGGCAGGAGGUCCGUGAUCAGCAAAAUCCAGCAGUUAUUACAUGAUAGAGAUAUGAUGCCCCAGCAGUUGAAAAUCCAGCAGUUGGACGUAGACAUUACUAUAGGUUCUAAUAAGGAGCGGAUCCACGUAGUGAGUGUCUGUGGCACGUGCCACAUACAACUUGAAAUCAUCAUUUUAUGUAACUAACAAUGCAUAAAGAUAGUGUAGCUGAUCGGUAUUUAAAUCUUACUGUGCCCCACCCAGUACCUAGUUCGAAUCAGUAUGUUGCAUUCCUGUAUUUUCAGUUUUUACAACUUUUAAUUACUAUUCCAUCAAAUAUUUUCUUUUAAUUUUGCUAACAUAAAUAUUUUGUUAAUAA